GCCCAGGCAGCCUCCUCACUUGCCUCUCCUUCAGCUGCUGCCUGGAGCUUGUCAGCCCAGAAACCAUGCCCCUCGGUCCUCUGUGUCUGGGCCUUGCCCUGCUGGGAGCCCUGCAGACGCUGGCCCAGGACUCCACCCCAAAGCUGAUCCCAGCCCCACCUCUGCUCAGGGUCCCGCUGCAGCCCGACUUCCAGGAUGACCAGUUCCAGGGGAAGUGGUACGUCGUAGGUCUGGCAGGGAAUGCAAUUAGGAAAGAAGAACAAGGCCAGUUUAAGAUGUACACCACCACCUAUGAGCUGAAAGAAGAUCACAGCUACAACGUCACCUCCACCCUGCUCAGGGACCAGCGCUGUGACCACUGGAUCAGAACUUUCGUCCCAAGUUUCCAGCCCGGCCAGUUCAGCCUGGACAAUAUCCAGAACUUCCCUGGAAUGCGGAGCUACACCGUGCGGGUUGCAGCCACCGACUACACCCACUUUGCCAUGGUGUUCUUCAAGAAGGUUCAAGGAAACCGGGAGUACUUCAAGACCACUCUCUACGGGAGGACCAAGGAGCUGACCCCUGAACUGAAGGAGAGAUUUGUCCGCUUCGCCAAAUCCCUGGGCCUCACGGAUGACUACAUCAUUUUCCCUGUCCCGAUCGAUGAGUGCAUCGAUGGGGAGUGAGCACGCAGUGCUUCCUGUCUCUCUCCGCCCCCAUCACCCUCGUGUCGGCCUCUGCCCUGGGUGCCACCCAGAUGCCCCCACCAUCCUGGACACCAGUAAGAGCCAGGAGACCCUACUCACAGCACAGCCCCCAGCUCCUCCCGGGGCUGCCCUGUGGAUGGAUUCCCUCCUUUCCUGCUAAAUAAACACCUGCUCCAGAA